AUGGCCUCAGCAUCGAGUACCAGUGCUCGUAGUUUAUUCGUGGAAUCAAAGAUUCGUUUGGCUGACAAAGUACAGGUGAAUGUAAACAAUAUCGCAUCAUUAGCCAGGCAGAUUCAACGUGGAUCUAAGAGUUCUGAGAUUCUAAUGCAUUCGGCGAAGAAUUUCGCCCAGCAGGAGUAUGGCCUAGAUAACGCUGAAAACAACCUCAAUAAGCUCAUGCUCAUAACAUCCCACUUGGAGUACCAGUUGAAUGCGGUCGACAGAAGUUCAGCUAAACUGGAGGACGUCACUGAGCAAGUGAGGGCGAUGCAGCGAUAA